AUGCAUUUUCUCCUUGAAUACUGCGGACAGAUCUGGGUUAACUCCCUCAGGAAUGAGGCUGUGAGACGUAUCCUCUCCCAGCCGAAGGAGUGGUUUGAGAAGGAAGACAAUAAAACGUCCAAUUUGACUAUGUGUCUGGAUCGUAACGCAGAGGAAAUGAGAAAUUUGGUUGGACGGUUCGCAGGAUUCAUAUUUGUUGCGACUGUGAUAAUGGUUAUAUGUAUUAUUUGGGGAAUUGUGGUGUGCUGGAAAUUAACUCUGGUCGGGUUUGCAUGUGUGCCAAUUGUUUAUUCUAUGACGAGGGCCUUCGAGCGCGUGAGCAUUCUUGCAUCUUCGCUCGGAUAUUCGACCAAGGACAUCCUCACAGUCUUUUCGCUCCUCCUCUUCAGCCUGUCGAACGUUAAUGCCGCGCUGGAAUUUGUGCCACAAAUCAGCUCAUCUCGAGACACUGCACGUCGAGUAUUGCGUUUAACUACACUCCCAAAAGGAUUUUCGCAUGAGGAUGAGGGCAAACUGGAAAUAUCCCAUCCAACACCCUUAAAAUUCACAAACGUGAAUUUCAGCUACCCAUCCCGCCCCAACAAGCUUGUCCUUCGAAACCUAAACUUAACACUGACGGAAAACUCCUGUAUCGCAAUUGUUGGUCCUUCCGGCUGCGGGAAGUCGACCCUAGCCUCCCUCCUCACUGCUUUAUACCCGGUAACAUCAUCUCAAAUCGGUGGCGCCAGUAUGUUAUCCGUCGGGGGCAAUGACAUCCAGAAAAUCCACACCCCUACCCUACGGUCCCUAAUCUCCAUCGUCCCCCAACAGCCCACCCUCUUCCCGUCCUCGGUCAAAGACAACAUAAGCUACGGACUUGACCCUUCAUCCCCUCUCAACACGAUCCACAACAUCCGCUCUGCCGCGCGGGCUGCGGGGAUCGAUGAAUUCAUCACUUCCCUCCCAGAAGGCUACGACACGAUAAUUGGCGACGGAGGUUUGUCCGUAUCCGGCGGCCAGGCGCAGCGUGUAGUCAUCGCGCGUGCACUCGUGCGGAAACCGCGUAUGCUCGUUUUGGACGAGGCCACUUCGAACCUUGACGUGCACAGCGCAGAGCAGAUUCGUCGCACAGUUAAGGAUUUGUUGAUGGGAAAUGGCGGGCAGCUGCUGACUGUGAUAAUCAUCACGCAUGCGGUGGAGAUGAUGGAGAUUGCGGAUAGGGUUGUUGUGGUUGAUAAGGGUUGUGUUGUUGAGGAAGGCCCCUUUUUAGAGUUAAUGGGGAAGGCGGGAGGAGAGUUAAGGAGGUUGGUUAUGUUGGAAGGAAAGGAUGGUUAUGAUUCUCAGUAA